AUUCUCCCCCCUGCUCUCUUUUUGCACUGCCGCCCAGCCCGUCGAUCUAUUUCCUUUAUUUUCAGCCUCUCGGAUUCUUUGGCUUACUAUUGAUUCCUUCGGCAAGUCACGCGUGGUGAACUACUCCAUGCCCUCUGUCUUGCCGUCGACGAUAGCUGCUGCUAUGGCUUGACUUUGAGUCCUUGUGUUGCUGCUCUCGAUAUCUUUCUGCUGCUGUCCUUCACGAAGUUGCCUUUCGGAUUCUUAAAGUUGCUUUUGUCCAUCACGACCUUAGGGUUCAAAAUGGGGUCACAGAAGCAGUCGAGAAAAACUGGAGGUAGUGAUUUGGAAGAUUUCGAUGACCUGGACAAUGGGAAGCUGAUGAUGGAUGAAGAGGAAAAUUAUGAUGAUUAUAUUGAUAAUGAUGAUGAUGAUGAGGAGGAGGAGGAAGUAGAUGAGCAACAAGGGAGAGAGGGAGAGGGAGAGGGAGAGGGAGAGGAAGAGGAAGAAGUAGAGGAGGAGGAGGAAGAUAAGAGUGAAGGGGAGGGAGAUAUGCAGAAUGAUAGCCAUAAAGAUGCUGAGAUGGAAGAACUUGAGAAAGAAUACAUGCAUCUUCGUAACCAAGAGCAAGAUAUAUUGAAGAAUCUCAAACGCCAUAAGGAUGAAGAUCUUCUUAAAGGUCAAGCAGUGAAGAACCAAAAGGCUCUCUGGGACAAGACUCUUGAGUUUAGGUUCUUACUUCAGAAAGCAUUUUCAAGUUCAAAUAGAUUGCCACAGGAACCAGUUAGGUCGUCAUUUUGUGAUUCAGAUGGAGGAGUUAGUACAGCUUAUACUGAUCUGAUUGCCUCAUCUGAGAAGACUUUGGAAUCACUGCUGGAAUUACAGGAGGCUUUACUCGAGAAUAAUCCAUCUAUAUAUCAAUCUUCCAAUGGUAAUUCUGGGAAAUCUGCAAAGAAGCUUCCGAAAGAUUCUAAGAAAUCAGAUGAGGAAAGUGAUGAAGAAUGGUUAAGAAUUUCUCACAUGCAUAGUAGAAUAGCUCCUUUUAGAGACAAAUCAAUUGAUAAAUGGCAGAGAAAGACGCAAGUGACAACUGGUGCUGCUGCUAUUAAAAGCAAAUUGCAGGCUUUUAAUCAGAAUAUAAGUGAACAAGUUGCUUCUUAUAUGAGGGAUCCAAGUAGAAUGAUGAAGCAAAUGCAACAAAGUAGAUCAACAGUCAGUAUAUUUGGAACUGUUUCUGAGCAGCUUGAAAAUGCCAAGGGAGAGGCAGCAAGUCCUGAUGUUGACCCUGAACUUCUUGAUGACACGGAAUUUUAUCAGCAAUUACUGAAAGAAUUUUUUGAGUCAAUCGACCCCACAUCCUCUGAAAUGGCUUUUUAUGCUCUGAAAAAAUUGCAAAAUAAGAAGAGAAAGAUUGUCGAUCGGCGUGCCUCGAAGAGUCGGAAGAUCAGGUACAAUGUCCAUGAGAAGAUUGUCAAUUUCAUGGCUCCACAGCCCAUGAACAUUCCUCCUAUGGCUCCCAAGUUGUUUGCAAAUUUGUUUGGACUUAAGAGCCACCAACCUGCAUCAGCUGUUUAGUAUCGCGGCUAGAUACAUCAUGUGGGCUCAAUUUUGUGGAGUUGAAUCGAGGUUAAAAUUCAUGUUGUUUUUGUUCUUAUGAUAGAAACUUUUAAUAGUAUUGUAAGUUUGUAACUGAAAGUGUCCUUCGCAAGCUACUUCUCGCUGAGAGAUAGGGUUAAUGAGUGAAACCGAUCCUCAAUGCUUAAUUUUUUGGAUUCAUUUCUUGAACUUGAAAUCUUACUAUUCUAGUAUUGUAGUACCAUUCUUAUAAGCAUUUUUGAAUGA